UGUUAUAAGAGAGACUUUUAUACUCUCAAACAAUGAUCUUCCUUUCAUUGAACUUCCAUGGCUGCUCUCUCAAUAGGAAAUCUUGUUCACAGUACCUGUGGUAUUCAUCAAGAGCUGAAAAAGUAUAACUGUUACUGCCCAAGAACUGUGUCAUGCCAAAUCAAAGAAUCAGCAGCUGAUCAUACACCAGUUCCAGUUGCAGAGACAACCCAGAAGAAGAAGAGGAAAUUGUCAGAACUGUUUGGGAGUGGCUUAGACAAGAUUGGGAAAGGAUUGAAGGAUUACAAGACUCCACAGAAGAAAGGAGGAGACUGGAAGGACUUGGUGUUGAUGAGCUUAUCAUUUGCUGUUUAUGUUUACAUCUCUCAAAAGAUUGUUUGUGCUUAUUGUGCUUGGAUCUCCAUGCUCAACCUCAACCAAUCAUGGUAGAUACAUAUAUAUGCAUGGUAUUAUCAUCAUCACCAUUUCUAUGUGAUAUAUAUUUUGUGAAUUAUAGUCUAUAUAUAUAUAUAUAUAUGAAGGAAUCAAGUUUUUA